GCACGCGGUCAGAGCGGAAUGGAGGACUUGGCCUCUAUCCCGCCGGCAUCCUCAGAUGCCCCUGCAACUUCCACCUCGACUCCGGAUGCCCCGACCACCCUGGGGCAGCUGAACCAAGAGCAGAUUAGAAAGGCCUUAGAAGCUCUGUUAACACAUUCCAAAUCCAGGAAGAACGAUAAUGGACUGCUUCUAAAUGAGAAUGAUAAUGUGUUUUUAAUGGUGGUCUUAUGGAAAAUCCCAAGCAAGGAACUGAGGGUCAGGAUGUUCUUGCCUCAUAGUAUUCGAUCGGAUUUAGCAGAAGUCUGUUUAUUUACCAAGGAUGAGCCCAAUUCAACUCCUGAAAAGACAGAACAUUUCUAUAGAAAGCUUUUGGACAAGCAUGGAAUUAAAACUGUUUCUAAGAUUAUCUCCCUCCAAACUUUAAAAAAGGAAUAUAAAGCCUAUGAAGCCAAGCUCCGCCUUGUGGGUAGUUUUGACUUCUUCCUUGCUGAUGCAAGAAUCAGGAGACUUUUACCCACACACAUUGGGAGACAUUUCUAUCAAAGGAAGAAAGUUCCAGUAUCUGUCAACCUUCUGGCCAAGAAUUUAUCAAGAGAAAUCAAUGAAUCUGUAGGUGGAACGGUCUUAAACAUCUCUAAGAAUGGCUCUUGCAGUACUAUCCGUGUCGGUCACACCGGAAUGCAGAUCCAGCACAUCGUGGAAAACAUCAUUGCUGUCACGAAAGAGCUCUCAGAAAAAUUGCCGGAGAAGUGGAAGAGCGUGAAGCUCCUAUUUGUGAAAACAGAGAGAUCGGUUGCCCUUCCCAUCUUUUCUUCAUUUGUCACCAACUGGAAUGAAGCCACCAGAAAAAUUCUUCAGAAGAAAAACAUGGAAAAGAAAAAUCGGACAGAAAAAAGACGUGAAAAACAGAGGCUGAAGAACAGAAACAAAAGGUUGAGGAGAAAGGCUAAAAAGGCUGCGUCCGUCGCUGAAGGUAAAAUGGCAUCCGAAAUUGGUGGUGCUCCAAUGAAGAAAACUCCAUCCCAGAAGACCCCAGAGUGUGGGAAGAAAAAACAUGGCAACGGGAAAGCCCAGCUUACAGUAACAAAGGAAUCCAAAGAUGAAAUUCCACAACUGGUACCAAUAGGAACAACUCCAGCUAAAGAAAAUGGGGAGGUCAAAAAACCUUCCAUGGGAAAAAAGCCUCCAAAAAAGAGUCCUGACCUGAGCACACCUCGUGGAAAGAAGAGAAAGACUCUGCCAGUUUCAGAGACCCUAGAAGCUGCAGCACCUGAGACACCAGGGAAAAGCCCAGGGAAGAAGCCAAAAGUCAGAGAAGAGAUGGAGAAAGAAAGAAAGCCUUCACUGGGGAAAAAAGACCUGAAACAGACUCCAAAGAAACCAGGGACCAAGUUUUUUGCCACUCUUAGUAAAUCUACGAGUAAAGCUCUCCACACCCCUAAACAGCGGCCCAAAAAAACUGCUGUGCCCCCGUCAACCUAGAGUCAGCAAUUCAGCCAGAACAGCAGAACUACCUGAGGAGCGUUUCAGAAAUACUCGGGUGCUGCCCCCAUUGCAGGCUUCUCCAAGUAUAGGCCUGGACUGCAAUGUUUUUUAAAGCUUCCAUGGGUGAUUCUGAUGCAUGUGCCUGGUGUAAGAGCCAGUGGUUUGCAGAAAGACUAUUUUUUAAUUGUUCUUAUGUGUUUUUGCUAAUAUAAAAAGGAAAAACAGAGUA